AAGUAUUACAUAACAUCAACACUAAAGACCAACAAAUCAUACGUUAUAAAAUAAAGCUAUAAGUAUACUCAGAUUCGGUGCAAUUAAUGAUGUGAAUUAUUCUAAUUAGGUAUUUGACAUUAAUUGCUCAUUUAAACACUCGGUUAGAAUCGGUGCGUUACUCGGUAAAACAAAUAUUGUGGAAACCUGUCUUUUUCUCCCUAGCAUUACUCUUCAAAUUGAAACUCGUCGUUUCUCUAUCCCGCGUUUGCUAAUCCAAUCUUGUUCCUUCCAGACAAAGAUGGACAGGUCUUGUAAGGGAGAGACGAACCAGAUCGAGAUCUUCCGAGCCCACGCUCACGUAUGGAGCCACACUCUCAACUUCAUCUCCUCCAUGUCCCUCAAAUGUGCCAUUGAGCUCGGCGUCCCCGACGCCCUCCACCGCCACGGCCAUCCCAUGACCCUCCCUGAGCUCGCCGCAGCGCUCUCCGUCCCAGCCUCCAAGACUGCCUUCCUUGGCCGCCUCGUGGCCAUCCUCGUCCACACGGGCUUCCUCUCCCACCAAAAGUCCGCCUCCGGAAGCGACAGAACAUCAGAGGAAGACGAGGCUGACGAACUUGGUUUUGAGUAUUCUCUAACUGCCGCUUCACUUGCGAUCGUGAAGGGCCAACCCUUGGACCUGUCGCCGAUCGUACUGCUCACGCUCGACCCGAUAUUCGUCGACCCAUUUCACUGCAUGAGCGAGUGGCUCAAGAGCGACAGCGACACUGGCUCCCCGUUGUCAUCACGGACACCCUUACACAUGAAGCACGGGAAGAGGAUGUGGGAGAUCAAGGUCCAAGACGAGAAGUUCAACCGGCUCAUGAACAGGGCGAUGGCAAGCGACGGGCCAGUGAUGGCGAGGUUGAUAAUGGACAAGUGCGGGGGGCGGCUGUUUGAGGGGCUGAGGACGGUGGUCGAUGUCGGGGGAGGGACCGGAGGGCUGGCGAGGGAGCUGGCAGAGGCGUUCCCAGAGAUGGAGUGGACGGUGCUCGAUCUGCCGCGCGUGGUGGUCGGCUUGGAAGGGACGAGGAACUUGAAGUACGUGGGUGGUGACAUGUUUGAGGCCGUUCCUCCAGCGGACGCUGUUUUGCUCAAGUGGGUAUUACACGAUUGGAGCGACGAAGAGAGCAUAAAAAUACUAAAGCGGUGCAAAGAAGCGAUCACGAGGAACAGCGAGCUGGGGAAAGCGAUGAUAGUAGAAGCAGUGAUCGGAGGAGGACCGCGGGAAGGUGAGACGAUGAAGCUCUGCUACGAUAUGAUCAUGAUGGUGGGUACGACAGGCAAAGAGAGGAACGAGAAAGAAUGGGCGAAGCUCCUUCGCGAAGCUGGUUUUAGUGACUACAAGAUCACCCCUUUGGCGGGAUUUAGAUCUCUCAUCGAGGCUUACCCUUAACACUUCACAACGAAUGAAAUCGCUCGGUGCCUCGACAUCAGUCUUGGUCUCUGUCGGUCAAUUUAUGAGUUGAUUUUACACAUGGGUAUUCUUAUAGUUCACUUGAUUUUCUUGAAAUGGAAAAAUUGCAUUAGGAAACGUCACCUUGAUAGAGUCUUACAGACACCUCCCAAAGACAAGACUUCUCAGGCAGAUGGCCCAAGUAUAUCUACUGAUAUCGGUUGAAAUUUCGCAGUUGCGUAUGAACUGUUUUAAACAGAUGAUAUGCCGAGAUCUGCACAAGCCUGCAAAGAAAGGGAACUCUUGGGCUUGUUCCCAAUUUAUCACUGCUAAAGAAAAGCAUAAUGAAGAUUUAGACAGUUCAGACAGAAG